AUGAGUGUGUACAAGCCAGGGAUAGCUCCGAUCAAGGCACAGUUCCUGCGCACCGCUUGGCCAGCGAGGAGCGAGGCGCUCGACGGGAGUACCGAAACAGGCGCAGAUUCGGAACCAACAGCAUUUGUGCCAGACGACGAGCCUGAUGGCAAGCCUGAGCAAGAGAAUCCGACUGAUGCCGCUGCUCCCACAACCUCAAGCGGGGCAAAUCGUGCACAGGAUGGCGAGCAAGACAAGCCACGGAAACGAGCGCGUGGCCAGAACAAGGGCCGCACAUUUACACGCACCGAAGACAAUAUUGCUUUGUGUACCCAGAUUGCCACAGGUCGUGACGCGUGCAAGUUCGGCGACUCUUGCAAAUUCACACACGAUCUUUGCACCUAUCUUGAACAGAAACCGCGCGACAUCGAAACGCCGCCGCAUCCGGUCUCAUCGCACGAAUGUGUGCGUUUCGUCCCCGCCGAUGAGCGCGACGUCUACCUUGCAACGUUGUAUGAACACGCAGUGAUGCAAGAUACAAAAAGGAUCAAGAAGAAUACCGAUGUAACUGCUGAUGCGCAUCCGGCGAGCGGCUCAACGACACCGUCGGCACCGACGGCACCGACGACCCACGACACGGUCCAGGCUUCUGUCGUAUUGGGCACGACCUGUCCGUAUUUUCAAGAGCGUGGUACAUGUCCCAUGGGAUGGAAAUGCCGUUUUCUCGGGGCUCAUGUGCGCCGGCUCAGUGCAUCAUGCCGCGUCUUGGGCGCAGAGGCACAAGGCAUGCUCGGCACAGGUCUCGAGCUGGUGGAGGAUGAGGCGAAGAAGCACGCUUGGCUACAUCGGUCUCCCUAUAUGCGAAAUGAGGCACAGCCUGAAUCGGACCAAGUGAACUGGCUUGCAUCCGAUGUGGCACGGCGCCUCCGUUCACGCAAGUACACGUUCGACAAGGCACCUGCCAUCACGUCGGCGCUCCGGAAAGAAGUCGACAUGCUAUCUGCGAUGACGCCAGCUGAGGCGGCCAGCACAGAAGUGGGCAAAGGACCACUACGAGUCAACUACGAGCAUGAGCGUCUCGUUGCAGACCCGUCCGCAACACUCGAGGCGUGUGAAGAUGCGCUGCGGAAUGGUGGCAAUGACGAUGCUGCAGCAGAUACGGCUCGAGUGCGACCAUGUGAGAAGCGGCGUCUACAGUGGAAGGGCGACUUGUACCUCGCUCCGCUGACGACCACGGGCAAUCUGCCGUUUCGCAGGCUGUGUGCGUCGUUCGGCUCCGAUAUUCAUUGUGGUGAAAUGGGCAUGGCCGAGUCGUUCUUGCAGGGACAUGCGUCAGAAUGGAGUCUCGUGCGUCGUUGGGAGGGCGAGCGGAUCUUUGGCACUCAAGUGUGCGGCGCAAAGCCAGAGCUGCUAGUCCCGACGGCGGAAGUGCUUGCCAGAGAAGUCGGGCGUGGCCUGGACUUUGUGGACGUGAACUGCGGGUGUCCCAUUGAUCUUGUGUACAACAAGGGCGCAGGAUCGGCGCUUCUGGACCACGCGAACAAGUUGGGUCGGAUUGUACGCGGCAUGUCGGAAGCGCUGGGUGAGAUCCCGCUUACCAUCAAGCUACGCACUGGAACGACGUCGAAGCCAACGACCCACAAGAUCUUUGCACGUGCACAGACCGAGUGGGGCGUCGGUGGCCUGUCGCUCCAUGGCCGCUCACGCAAGCAACGGUACAAGAACGAUGCCGACUGGGCGUACAUACGCACCUGCGUCGACACGCUGCAUGACGCUGUGCGUACGUGGAAUGAGGAGCCACAGCAUGCGGACGAGCCCGACAUGGUGCCUGUGCCUGUGUAUGGCAACGGAGACGUGUAUGGCUGGCGCGACUAUUACGACCACUUGGAGCAUGCCCAUGUGGACGGCACUAUGAUUGCGCGUGGCGCUCUGAUCAAGCCGUGGAUCUUUACCGAGAUCAAGGAGCGUCGCGAUUGGGAUAUCAGCAGUCGCGAACGCCUCGACAUGAUCCGCCAGUAUGCGUCGUAUGGACUCACGCACUGGGGCUCCGAUACACAGGGCGUCAAUACGACGCGACGCUUCUUGUGUGAAAUGCUCUCGUUCACGCACAGGUACGUCCCACUGGGUCUGCUGGACCACAUUCCCGUGCGAAUGAACGAUCGGCCACCACCAUUCCAUGGCCGCGAUCCUUUGGAGUCGUUGCUGAGCAGUCCAAGUGCGCACGACUGGGUGCGUAUUUCUGACAUGUUCCUUGGUCCUGCGCCACCUGACUGGCACUUUACACCAAAGCACCGCUCCAAUGCAUAUGAGCAGCAAGGGUAA